GAAAGCUAGACAUAUAGCUCAAGAAUAUAUGAGCAAAAGAAGAAAUCUGCUUCAAAGAAUCCAAAACAACUCUCUAACUCGAAUUGUACUAAGACCUCUCAGUAUAAAUUUUGUUAGACUUAAAGAAGAUGAAGAAUAUACCUCCAAAGCUAAGGAAGAAGUUUUUACUGAAGAAAGGUUAAGAAAUAAUUUACAUGCAACUGAAUUUCUUCCUGUAGUCUCUAUAAAUAAAG